AGACCUUCUCCCCGUCAACUAAGUGAGGCAUUCUCUAAGGGUUUGGAUGGAAAAGGUUCAACACAAAAUAGAACUGCUCUACUAGCUUUCUUUGGACAGGUUGUGACAUCUGAGAUUUUGAUGGCAAGUGAAUCCCCGUCCUGUCCUCUUGAGCUCAGCAGUAUUCAGAUAUCUAAAUGUGAUGAGAUGUAUGAUAAACAAUGUGAUGGAGAGACCUCAAUGCCGUUCUACCGGGCACACUAUGAUCGGCAGACAGGACAGAGUCCUAACUCACCUAGAGAACAGACAAACAAGAUGACAGCCUGGAUAGAUGGUAGUUUCAUCUACUCUACUGUAGAACCCUGGGUUAACAUCAUGCGAAGCUUUCAGGACGGGAAGUUAAGAAUAACUGAGGAAGGAUAUCCCCCCUUUAACACUGUGGGUGUUCCAUUGCAUAACUUCCCAGUACCUCAUUUAUUAAAACCAGCUGAUCCAUCCAGGAUGUACAUUCUUGGAGAUGCAAGGAACGGAUGUAUCGGGUAUCUGGUUUAUUGUAAAAUACGGUGA